AAAUAAGAAGCAUUAAACACAGCUUGGAGAUUACAAAACAUGGGCAUGCUUUAAGGGAUAAAGCCCUUUCUGAAUCCUUCUCAUUCUGAAGCGGGGAAUCGACACACAGAAGGACACAGAGGGAUUUUAUCAGAAAAAUUGUUUGAAACCUGCAUCAUUCAGGACCCCUCAUGGACAUGGAGUUAAUAUACGAAUAUAUCUGUGAGGAUCAACUGGUCUGGUAUGCUGUCUGUGCCUUUGUGCUGCUGUGGGCUUUAAUAUGGCUAUACCGUGAUAGCUUGAAAAUCGACAACAUCAAGGAGAAGUAUGUAUUUGUCACUGGCUGUGAUUCAGGUUUCGGAAACCUGCUAUGUAAACGACUGGACAAACGUGGUUUCCAUGUGUUGGCUGGUUGCUUGACUGAAAAAGGAGCAGAUGACCUAAGAAGAGUGGCGGGACCUUGUCUGAAGACUUGCAUUCUGGAUGUUACUAGCAGUGCUAGCAUUCAGAAUGCUGUGGAAUGGACGAAGAAGGAGGUUGGAGACAGAGGAUUGUGGGGGAUCGUGAACAAUGCAGGACGUUCAUUGCCCAUGGGACCUUCUGAGUGGAUGCAGAUUGAGGAUUUCAACAGCACUCUAAGAGUCAACAUGACUGGUGUGAUUGAGACGACCAUUAUUUUGCCACUAAUAAAAAGAGCCAAUGGCCGAAUUGUGAAUGUGGCUUCAGUGCUGGGCAGAGUGGCAGUGAACGGAGGCGGAUACUGCAUUUCCAAGUUUGCGGUGGAAUCCUUUUCUGAUUGCCUCAGGAGGGACAUUCAACAUUUUGGAAUCAAAGUGUGUAUAAUAGAACCUGGUUUCUUCAAGACCCAGGUGACAAGCCUGGGACCACUUGAACGGGAACUUCAUCGCCUGUGGAACCAACUAACACCUGAAGUGAAAGAAAGUUAUGGAGAAAAAUAUCUGGAUGAGUAUAUCAAUGUACAACGGUUGAUAAUGAAUGCUAUCUGUGAUGGUGAUUUGAGUAAAGUCACUAACUGCAUGGAGCAUGCUCUCUCUGCUGCUCACCCAAGAACCCGAUAUAGUGCUGGCUGGGAUGCCAAACUCCUCUGGAUCCCUCUGUCCUACAUGCCAGCUUGUGUUGUUGACAUUGCACUAAGACUGGUGUUGCCAAAGCCUGCAAAAAGUGUUUUAUAGAUCCCAAACUAAACUGAAAAUGACCAUAUUCAGUGUUCCCUAGCUAAUUUAGACAGGAGUUUAAAGUAGUUUACUGAAACAGGAUGAUUUUGUUGUAUUUAAACUGUAUCUAAGUAAUGCAAAGUAACUGAUGUUGCCUGUGUAUAUUUUGCCUCGUUUGCGUAUGCUCUCUUCUGUUCCACAGGACAUCAAGAUCGCUUCAAAACUGCAUUAACUGCGAAUAAAUAAAAAACAUUUGACCAAAUAUUCAGUUUAAAUCCACCUUGUGCUUUUUUAUAUUUAUGAAUGUAUUUGCUGAUGAAACAGGAGUACUAUUAUCAAAGUCUAAUACAAGUAUUAGAAAAACUACAGAUGUAAAUAAAUCAAAAGUUGUGUUAACGUUAAUGAAGUGAAUUCACACCAAUGUAUAUGUGUAAAUAAAUAAAGUCAAAUAAAACGGAAAGUUAAACCAAAAGAAAUUAUCAAAUAAAAAUGUGAAACUACAA